AUGAGUGUGUGGUGCCGUGUUGUGAUUAUGGUGUCCACGAUCAGUACCGGCGUGUUGUCUCCGGCGCCGAUGAAUGCUGAAGUUAAAGAAACUUACGAUCGCCAAUAUUGGUAUACUCAGGCGCAGGAAACAUUGCAAAAACGUCUUCAUUACGUAACUGGGAAAAAUCCUAUUGCAAAGAACGUGAUAUUAGUAGUAGGGGACGGGAUGAGCCUAACCACAACCACUGCCGCAAGGAUACUUCGCGGCCAACGAAGGGGUCAGAGCGGAGAGGACACUGAUCUGGUCUGGGACACUUUCCCCGCUGUGGCGUUGGCGAAGACAUACAACGUGGACGCUCAAACCGGCGAAUCAUCGGCUUGUGCAACUGCUCUGCUCUGUGGGGUAAAGGCGAGAUAUGAAACCUUAGGACUCGACGCUAGUGGACGAUUCAACAACUGCGCCUCGGCAUCUCACUCCAAAGUUACUUCUCUGAUAGAUUGGGCGCAUGAUGCAGGUAAAUCUAGUGGCAUCGUCACAACUGCGAGAAUCACUCAUGCAACACCAGCUGCUCUAUAUGCGCACGCGCCUUCGCGCUAUUGGGAAGAUGACAGCAGAGUGCCACCCACUGUUAGGCGAGACUGCAAGGACAUCGCCCUACAACUUGUUGAAAAUGAACCAGGGAAGAGCAUAAAUGUUUUAAUGGGUGGUGGUCGGCGUCAUUUUCUGCCAAACGUAACACCAGACCCCGAGCACCCAAAUAGAGAAGGUAGGAGGCUGGACGGCAGAAAUCUCGCUGAAGACUGGGCGAGAGAAAAGAAAAGAAGACAUUUACGGGCGCAGUACAUACAUACCAGGGAGCAAUUGGCUAAAUUAGAUCCGAGUAAUGUGGAUUAUUUGUUAGGGUUAUUUGAAUAUUCACACAUGGAGUUUAAUGCGGAGAGAGGAGCGGUAGCGGAUACGGAAGAGGGCGCGGGCGCGACCGGAAACGCUAAAGCGGAAGAUCCUUCGCUCGCUGAUAUGACACGCGUCGCACUUUCUAUCCUGACUAAAAACAGCAAAGGCUUCUUUUUACUCUUGGAAGGUGGUAGGAUAGACCAUGCUCACCAUUACAACAACCCCUAUAGAGCGCUAGACGAAACGUUAGAGUUAGAGACGGCGUUAUUGGCAGCUUUAGAGAAAGUCAAUCCAGCUGAGACUUUGAUCGUGGUCACCGCUGAUCACGGCCACGUUAUGACUUUUGGUGGCCAAGCGACACCACGCGGUCAUCCUAUAUUAGGUGCAGACACCGUCCCAUCAGACGUCGAUGGCCUGAAGUAUACCACAUUGUUGUAUGGCACUGGACCAGGCCAUUCGGAGCCAAGAGCAUUGCCCUUCAACGGUACUCUGUCAAAGUCUGUCGACGCUGUUCACGCAGCUGCAGUGCCGAGACAGUGGUCCACGCAUGGAGGAGAAGAUGUGCCUAUUUAUGCUUUAGGUCCAAUGGCUACUGUGCUGUUUACUGGAGUAGUAGAACAGAGCUACAUUCCCCAUGCUAUUGCAUAUGCAGCUUGUUUAGCUCAUCAUGCGCGUCGGUGCAUGGACUCGUUUAACUAUACAAAACCUCAAAUAAAACUACCAAGCUGUGUACCCCCGGAAGUGAGCAGUGUGUCAGCUGCAGAUGAAACUCGAAACGAUGCAAGUGGUCGCCGGGUCAUCGUGGCCUCAAGUGUCAUGUCUGACGAAAGGGGCACGCGCACAUCCGCGACAGUUGCUCUUCAGACCGACGUACAGUUUAUUUUUGCAUUUUACGCAAUUAUUUCAUUGUUACAUAAUCGUGUGUUGUAUGAUAUGUAUUAUACUGGAGUUUCUUUAUAA